UAUAUUUAUUUAUUUAUAUAUGUUUGCGGUGAGGAGAAGCAGAAGAAUAAUCCCCGGAUAGAAGUGUAAACAAGCAGGCUGUAAAGGCGCGGAACACAGACGGUGGAGAGAGGGAAGAAGGUGACUGAAUCUGCGGGCUGAGGAGUGGGAUCAGCGCGACACUGAUCCAGGGCGUUGAUGAUCGGACAUACGGUCAGCUGUGAGCGACACCAUCCAGCAGUCGAAUUGGUGGAAGGGAUUUAAAAGACUCGUUAUUGACUGAAAUAGCCAAGAAAAGGAGGGACAUCCAGCUGCGGUUUGCGAAAUCCUCGUCCACAGCCCUGUUUUUAUGAACAUUUCAGUUUGCUUUGUUCUCCUGGCCACCCAGGAGAGCCGGUGCAGGAUUAAAUAUCUACACUCCAUCAACGGUGAGCACUGGAGCGCCCCUUAAAUCUCUUCCCAGGGCAUUACAGCGGAGUAAACUUUCCCAAGUAAUUUCCUUAUCUGCGCACUGAGGAAGCACUCCGAUAAACUCAGCACAAUUCAUGUUUCUCCAAGGAGUCUGAACAGAAGAGAACGUGCCUGCACCACUUCAACGGUUUUCACAGCAACAUCAGGAAACUUGGGAGGUGAAACUCUGGCUUUGGACAUAGGAUGGGGAACAAAAACACCAUUCCACCCAGGAGUCCUGAAGGUGGGAUUACUCAAAAAGAAGAUGCAUCGCUGAUCAACAGUGCUACAGAUGAAGCUCAGAGAACCAGUCCAGAGCUGCUGGCGGCCCUGCAGUCCCUGGGAGAAAACGAGGACUACACUCUGCUGCCUCACUCCCUGCACCAGAUUGCAGAGACGUACUCCCUGAAGCAGGACUACCGUUGGGCAAUUCAGUUUCUACAGCUGGAGAAGCUCUACCAUGAGCGAUUGCUCUCCAAUCUCGCCGCCCUGCAGGAGAAAUGGGAGAUCGAGUUUAAUGAGAAACGGGACUCUGAGAGUUGGAUCCCUCCUGAUGCAGACAGUAUCAGUCGGAAACAAAUUGAGAAGCUGAGCCACAUCUGCAGGACGCACCACAGGUAAACAUGAGAAAGGAAGC